AUGUCGAAUAAAAAAUCUUUAAAACAUCUUAGAUCUAAAGACGAAUUAUUUGUCACCAACGUGUCCGAGUACUUCAAGAAAAAUCCAGGACCGGACAAACGUUCAAUUAUUCAACGGACAAUCCAAGCAACUGGCGUCAGCAGACGAACAAUUUACAGACUGUGGAAAGAGCGUUCGAAACGAGCACCAUACAAACCCGUUGAUGGUUUUGACGAGUCUGUCAUAAGGAACAAGAUUCAUGAAUUUUACACGUAUAGCCGUCAGCUGCCGACUUUGAAGAAUCUUUUGACAGUUCUAAAAACAGAAAUUGGUUUCCCAGGCAGUAGAUGGUUGCUACGUAAAACGCUGCGGAAGAUGGGUUUCGUAUGGAAAAGAACAACCGAUAACAGAAAGGUUCUUAUAGAGAAGCCCUCCAUUGUGAGACAGCGACUGGCAUUUUAUGCUAAGAAGAAAGAGCUGGAAGACAAGGGAUACUGUCUUGUUUACAUGGACGAAACCUGGAUCGACACAGCCUUUACCGCCAAAAGAUGUUGGCAACGGGAUGACCUGCCGGGUGUUAUACCUCCUUGUAACCGCGGACAACGGUUGCUUGUUGUUCAUGCCGAAAGCCGCAACGGUUUUAUCAAAGGAGCUCAACUGGUGUACAAAGCAUCAUCCUCAUCUGGAGACUAUCACCAUGAAAUGAACGGGCAAAACUUUACGAAAUGGUUGAAAGAAAAGCUACUUCCAAAUCUACAUAGCCCCAGUGCGAUCGUGAUGGAAAACGCAAGUUACCACUCAAUGCAAGCAGAGAAGUUCCCGACUUCUAGUUCUAGGAAGCAGGAAAUUAAGGAAUGGCUUCGAAAACAGAACAUUGCCUUUGACGACGGCUUGUUGAAACCACAACUUCUUGAUCUGUGCAGACUGCAUAAACUAGAACCAUCAUACUCCGUGGACCAGAUCAUACGACGUCAUGGUCAUGAAGUCCUGCGUCUCCCGCCUUACCAUCCUGAUUUCAAUGCCAUAGAGUUGAUUUGGAGCCAGUUAAAGAUCCUUGUUCGCCAUCGGAAUUUUACUUUUAGUUACGUUAAUCAACAUAACAAAAGUAAUGAAACUGUAGCGAUUUCUGAGCAAGAAGAAAUGGAUACACAUUGUCAAGCUCUUGAGACAUGUGAUGACGUUACGCGUUUUGUUGAUGUCAAUUUAGAAUCUGUUAAAGAGUUUAACACUGACGAAAAAAAAGACACAAUGAGAAUAGUUGACGGAAACAAGGCGUAA